AUGCCUCUUUCACAACUCGUCCUUCCGUCUUUUACCCUAGUCCUCAGCGAUUCGGUUACCCUGCGCGACUUCCAGCGCGCUCAGACUCGCGAAAUCCACAUUCCGGUUCAUGCUCCAUUGAGCGACGAGGAAUUCAUGCAUACGAUUGACCUCCGUGACACGACCCCAGCCUCAGCCUUCAUCACGUAUAAGUGCACCUACUAUCCCGAUCAAGACGCUGCGUCCCUGUUUGGCGACGAGAACGGCGAGGAACUUGCUUCAGAUGGGCACUUCUGGCGACGCUUGUUGUUGAAGGUUAAGGGCUUCGGAGGGAGGUUCUUCGCUGGCUUUCGCCGUUGGAUGGACCCUACUUUUCUCCGAUAA